AUGUCCGCAACCACCAAGGACAAGACCCUCUACAGGCAGAACGUCAAAAACAUGGAUUCGUCAUGGUCGUCAGAGGUUGGAGAGGCCUGGCAGCGGGGACGGCACAAGCUCACGACUAAGAUGGCUGCACUUCCAGCAGGGGGCGUCGGAGUUGUGCUGAAGACGUCGUAUGACUAUGACACGAUGGGUUGCUCUGUCAUCAAGUCUAUCACACAAGGGGGGGCAGCGUGGAGGUCCAGAGUGCUCAAAGAAGGAGACAUCAUCAUGUCUGUAGACAAGGUUGAAGUCUUUGGAAAGUCGACUGAGGAAGUUGCAAGGAAGCUGCGCGGGGAGAUAAGCUCUCCCGUUCAUUUGACAUUGUGCUGA